AUGCUGGAGCAUCUUCCUGCCCUGAACUCCCAGCGCAUCAUUCUGGCAUCUGCAUCUCCCAGAAGGCGGGAGUUGCUGCAGCAGAUAGGCCUCAAAUUCCAGGUGGUGGAGAGUGGCUUCGAGGAAAAUCUGCCAAAGACAUCGGCUGGAGAGUAUGCACAGCGCACAGCUUUGCACAAGGCUCUGGACGUCGCCCGCAGCAUGCAUGGCAAGUUUGACCUCAUCAUCGCGGCAGACACAGUUGUGCAGGUUGGCGAUCGAAUUCUCGAGAAGCCAAAUGAUGACGAGCAUGCCGCUGAGAUGCUUGAGUCCCUGUCAGGAAGGCGGCACCAGGUGUGCACCGGUGUCGUCCUCCUGACCCUACACGGUGAGCCCACCAGCUUUGUGGAGAUGACGGACGUGUUCUUCGCGAGUCUGACGACCGCAGGCAUCGAGGCAUACAUCGCGACAGGGGAGAGUCGUGGAAAAGCCGGGGCUUACGGGAUCCAGGGAGCAGCCGCAUGUUUCGUGGAACGGAUCGAGGGAUGCUACAAUAACGUUGUCGGAUUUCCUAUCUUUGCGUUUUCCAAGACUGUCGCCCGUCUUGUG